AUGUCGAAUAAUAUCAAGGUCGUCUGUCGUUUUCGCCCUCCCAAUGCCAUCGAGCAGCGCGAGGGCAGCGACAUCGUUGUCGACUUUAGCGAUGACGGCUCCCUCGUCAAGAUGACCCGCGGCGUCUCCACCUCGGGUCCCGAGGCUGGUGGCUUCGUCUUUGACCGUGUCUUCCCCAUGAACACCCAGCAGCGCGACGUCUUCGAGUUCGGCAUCAAAGAGACCGUCGACGACGUCCUCAACGGCUACAACGGUACCAUCUUUGCCUACGGUCAGACCGGUUCCGGUAAGACCUUCACCAUGAUGGGCUCCGACAUCGACAACGACAACCUCAAGGGUAUCAUCCCACGCAUCACAGAACAGAUCUUUGAGAACAUCAUGGCCAGUCCGCCACAUCUCGAGUACCUUGUCAAGGUGUCGUACCUCGAGAUUUACAUGGAAAGGAUCCGCGAUCUGCUCGCUCCACAGAACGAUAAUCUCCAGGUGCACGAGGAAAAAAACCGCGGCGUCUACGUCAAGGGUCUCUCGGACUUUUACGUCGGUGGACAGGCCGACGUCUACGAGAUCAUGCGCCAAGGUGGCCUCGCCCGUGCUGUCUCUUCCACCAACAUGAACGCCGAAUCUUCGCGUUCCCACUCCAUCUUCCUCAUCACGAUUCAGCAGCGAAACACCGAGACCGGUAGUGCCAAGACGGGUAACCUCUACCUCGUCGAUCUGGCGGGCUCCGAAAAGGUGGGCAAGACCGGCGCGAGUGGACAGACGCUCGAAGAGGCCAAAAAGAUCAACAAGAGCUUGUCAUCCUUGGGCAUGGUCAUCAACGCUCUUACCGACGGCAAGUCGUCGCACAUUCCUUACCGAGACUCGAAGCUCACCCGUAUCCUACAAGAAUCGCUCGGAGGUAACUCGCGCACCACGCUCAUCGUCAACGCUUCACCAUGCGUCUACAAUGCCGACGAGACGCUCUCCACCCUCCGAUUCGGUGUGCGAGCCAAGAGCAUCAAGAACAAGGCUCGCGUCAAUGCAGAGCUCUCCCCCGCCGAGCUCAAGGCGUUGCUCAAAAAGGCCAAGGCCGACAACGAGCGGUACCAGCAAUACAUCGCCAACCUCGAGGCAGAGCUCAAGACGUGGCGCGCAGGCGGCAAGGUGCCCGAGUCUGAGUGGGCCGACGCAAGCAAGGUGGUUGUUGGGCAAGGAGCACCCGUCACUGCUGCGCCGACACUCGCUGCCACGCCGAGCCAGUCGCGCCCCAUCACCCCAGCCGUCGAGAAUCUACGUGAGCUCGCUUCUCGCCCGGAGACUCCUUCUGCUGUGUCCAUCGACAAGGACGAACGCGACGAGUUUCUGCGCAGGGAAAACGAGCUCAGCGACCAGAUUGCCGAAAAGGAGGUGGCGCUCAAGUCGGCAGAGAGUGCAUUGCGCGAGGCGACCCAGGAGCUCACCUUCUACCGCGAGCAAGAGGCGACGCUCUCCAAGGACAACAAGAGCAUGACUUCCGAGAUCAACGAGAUCAAGUUGCAACUCGAGCGCGUCACGUACGAACACAAGGACGCCACCAUCACGCUCGAUAUUCUCAAGGAGCAGAACAAGGAUCUUUCGGCAGAGCUCGAAGAGCUGCGCAAGUCGCUCGCCGACACCGCCAAGAGCGUCAAGGACCCUUCGCAGGAGGGCAAGGAGCGCAAAAAGGCCGAACGCAUGGCCAAGAUGAUGGCCGACUUCAACCAGGGCAUCGUCUCGGAAAAGGAAGAGCAGAUCCGCGAGACGCUCAGCAAGCUCGAGACCGCCGGCAGCACCGGUUCCGGUACGCUCUCGGCGGACGAUCUCUCGACGCUACGCGAACAGUUGCUCGAGUCGCAGAGCUUGGUGCGCGAGCAGACCGAGCGAGUGCGCCAGGCCCACGAGGAAAACGAGCUGCUGCAUCAGCGACGUCAAGAGCUCGAGAGCCGCUUUGCUACGCUCGAGGCCGAAUACGAAGAGCUGCUCGACAAGUCGAUCAAGGCCGAGGAAGCCAACCACGUCGAUGUCGACGUGACGAUCCAAGACCUCAAGGAGAAACUUGAAUUGCAGUACGCGUCUAAACGCGAUGCACAGGCGAGCGAGAUCAACGACCUCAAGCGCCAGAUGGAGUUCAAGGCCAAGGAGAUUGCGGUGCUCACCUCGAACAACGACAACCUCAAGAGCACUAACGAAGAGCUCAAGCGCGCCUUUGCCGUCACCACGGCUGGCGUCGAAGGCGGGCGAAACCUGGCCGAGUCGGCGCGAGAAUUGGAGCGUGUGCGCAAGACCAUGGCCGCACAGCUGUCCGAGUUUGACACGAUGAAGAAGUCGUUGAUGCGCGAUCUGCAGAACCGCUGCGAAAAGGUGGUGGAGCUCGAGAUCUCACUCGACGAGUCGCGCGAGCAGUACAACAACGUGGUGCGCAACAGCAAUUCCAAGGCGCAGCAGAAGAAGAUGGCAUUCCUGGAGCGCAACCUGGAGCAGCUCACCAAUGUUCAGAAGCAGCUGGUGGAGCAGAACAGCAGCCUCAAGAAGGAGGUCUCGAUUGCCGAGAGGAAGUUACUGGCGAGGAACGAACGCAUCCAGGCGCUGGAACAGCACCUGAUGGACAGCCAGGAGAAGCUCAUGCUGCAGAACCGCAAGUUCGAGGACCAGCUGCAGGCGGUCAAGGAGCGCUUGCACCAGGCCAACCAGAUGCGUGGACCUGCUGCCGGCGGCGCACCGGGGCCGUUGGGCGGAUUUGGUCGUAUCGCCAAGCCUCUGCGCGGUGGAGGGCCGACGGCAGGCCCGCAGCCGGGAUCUGUUGCGGCGAGACAGGCCGUGUUUGGCGGUGGUCCUGGCGACAACUCGCCCAAAGCACGAUCCAGCUGGUUCUUUUCGUCCAAGUAA